AUGUCGCCAUUCUUUGACAGGCUACGCACAAAGGUCCCUCGAAGAGCCAAGCGAAGCUCAUUUCUUAUGAUACACAAGGAACCCAUUUGGAAGCAACUUCCAGACAAUGUCCUUGUUCGUAUCACGUCUUUCUCCGAGCUUGAAGACAUUGUUUCCUUGGCGUUGACUUGUCGCUUACUGCACCACCGCAUCGCUAAAAAUGAAUACGCCAUCGCUCAUGCGUUUCUCGACCUUCACACGCGGAAGAGAAAAUUGGAAGUCUACUACGAGGAUGGGGUUGAACUGUCGCCUGACGAUGAUUUGACUUUCAUCUCAGAACUCUUCCCGCCUCCGCCACCUCAGUACGCUGUUGGUGAGGGCCACGACGACGCCGGUUAUACUUUAGGUUACUUGGCAGACCUGAAAAGAUGUUGGUCGACCUGCAUACGACUGUCUUACCACUUGGCUGAUCAUGUUAUUCGGCACCAUUUGGAAACCGACAGUCUUGCCCGCCCGCUUUGGUCAUGUUCGAAGACGGAGAAGGAAUACGUGUAUAGCAAAGCCGUGGAGACACUGCAGGCUAGACUCCUGCGCCCAUUAGCUUACGCGAUCUUCUUUCUUGAGAACUCUUCAGACGACAGCUUUGACUGCGGUUCAUCAGAUCAUGUCGAAAAAUUUUGCACUUCAUUCAAAAGACAGCAGGCGAUUCUCCAAGGACCUCCCUUUAACAACACUCGGAACAUAAUCCUAACCGAGCACUGUCUGCAACUCCUUUGCUCGACAGUCCGACGACUUAUGCACCCUGAAUUUGGCCAUUCAACCUCCGAGAGCUGGGUCAGCCUGCUUCUUUUGAAUUCGACUAUGGAGAGAAUUGUUGACUUUUUCCAUGCGAUUGCUAAAGAUGAUGAAAAGACACAGACCCUCUCACAUGGUCAUGGGCACGGGCUUGGGCACGGGCAUGUUUCGACUUGGUCCGCCCGCCGAGAAUUCUUGUGGCAAAUGCGCGAUGACUUGGGACAUCACAUGGCAUCAUUGAGGAAUGUCUCUGCUAAGGAGGAAGAUAACAUUCUUACUUUGGACCAUGUCUGGUUCAAAGCAGCUUAUCAAGAAAUGGUCCGUCGAGGGGCCAUCCCGCAUUCACCAGAGCAGCUGGUUCCGGUGCUCUAUGGAUCCGCUGUGAGACUGGACUGCGCAUAUUGCGAUGAAGAUGAGUAG